GAGGAGGGCCGGGAGCGCCGCCGGCUGCGUCGGCGGCUCGGGCGUUUGCGCAGGAUGGGUCGACGAGGCCCAAGGCCGCCGUGGGCGAGCCCUCCGCCACUGCCGCCGGGGCCGCAGCUAGGAGCAGCCAACAGGGGCCAGUACCACUGGGUGUCCCCGCGGAGGGGGAGGGGGAGGCCGAGGGGGAGAGUACGGAGCCGCACGACGAGGGGGACGUCAUGCUAAGCAGCGACCCGCAGGGGGAGGAGGAGGAGGACGACGAGGAGGGGGAGGGCGGAGGAGGAGCAGUAGAGGGGAGCUUUGCGGGGGGAGUGGCGGCGGCGGCAGGGCAGCAGCAGCAGCAGGAGGGCGGGGUGGGGGCUGCGGGUCCGCCCCCACCUCCUGCUGCGGUGCUGGAGGUGUCGGAGGCGGAUGGGACCAGCAGCAUGCGGCAGCACAUGGGCCUGCUGGUGGAGUCGCUGAUGACCAGCCUGAGGAGCACCGCGCAGGUGGACGACCCGUUUGAUAGGUUGCGGUCAAGAUCAUUCAGAUGCCCGAGGUAGACCAGCUGCUGCUGGCGGCGCUAGCACACGACAACGGCAGCAAUAACCCGCAGGAGGCAGCAGGGGGAGGAGCAGGAGCGCAGCAUAAGGCCCCCGCGGCUAACGGUGGGAGUACGGCACCGGCUAACGGCAGUAAGCCCCCCGCUGGAUCCAACCCCAACCAACAACCCCAACCACCUCAGUCCCACCCAAAACAGCAGCAGCAGCCGCAGCCAAAAGCACCCCAGCAGCAACAGGGCUCUCAGCAAGGCGAUGCCAACGGUAACAACGGUAACAGCAACAAUAACGGUCGUACAUCCCCUGCCGCGGCGCUAAGCACCUCCAAGCUCAAGCAGGCCCGCCGAGACAUGCUCCGGAACGCCAUGGAGCUGGCGGUUAUGCGCAGCAUCAGUCAUGUCAACAUCGCCACGGUGUAUGCGGUGUACGACAAUGUGAUUCUGGAGCGGUUGAAGCGCGAGGGCGGCGGUACGGCAUAUGCCCUGCGGCGGCAGGGGCCUCAGGACAUGCAGCUGGGUUCCAAACCCGUCUUCGUGGCGCUCUGCAUGGAGCUCUGCGACAGCGGCAGCCUGGCGUCCAAGCUGGAAGAGCGCUCCUUCCCGCGACUGCUGCCCGCACCCCCGCCACCCUCCGCCUCCAUCUCCCCCUCCGUCAUGCAGUUCGGAGGGGCGGGGGCUGCGGGCCUGCAGGGGGGCCCGGUCUCCCGGUCGGGUCGCGUGUUGGACAUGGUGGGGAUCUAUCUGACGGUGCUGGAGGUGGCAUGCGCGCUGCGGUAUCUGCAUGCACGGAGGCUGCUGCACAGGGACAUCAAGUCCGCCAACAUUCUGCUCAAGGCCAGCCCCACCGACCCCCGCGGCUGGACAUGCAAGCUCGCGGACUUUGGGUCGGCCAUUGUGCUGGACCAGUUCCAGCCCCCCGAGGACAUGGAGGAGGAGGAGGGUGCCGGGGGGCACGCGGGGCCCGAGGCGGGGGUGGCGGGCGGGCCGGGGGCGGGUGGCGGUGGCGGUGGCGGCCCCGGUGGCCGGUGGUUCGCGGUGCAGGAGCAGUCGUGGGGCACCAUCACGCACAUGAGCCCCGAGAGCAUGGACAACAAUUCCCGCGUGGACGCCUCCAGCGACAUAUUCGCGCUGGGUAUUGUGAUGUGGGAGAUCGCCAGCGGGCGGGGCUACAGGCCGUACAAGGAGCUGGCCCCCGAGCAGAUCGGCGCGGCGGUGCGGGGCGGGCUGAGGCCGGCCUUUACCAGUGACGUGCCGCAGGCGUACAGGUCGCUGGCUCAGCAGUGUUGGGCCGCCGAGCCGCACCGGCGCCCCUCCGCGGUGGAGCUGGUGGCGGCGGUGAAGGCGCAGCUGAGCCUGCUGCAGGCGGAGAGCCGGCAGCAGCAGCACCUGCAGCAGGCCAUGCAGCAGCAGCAGCAGAGGGGGGCGGCGGCGGCGCCGGCGGGGCCAGCGGCGGGGGGAGGGGGCAGGUCGCCUGGGGGGUUCCGGGGUUAGGGUUGGUGUGCUGUGGUGGGGGGUUAGGUGAUGAUGGAUUGACUCUCUCGCCAACUGGAUGGCGGCGUAGAACUGGCUGGUGUGUGUGUAUGCGGUGGUGGUGGUGGUGGUUGGUGGUGUAAUGGCUUAUCGGCUGCUGGUUGUGAUGUGGGUGGAGGCGGGCAGGCGGGCGGACCGUCCCGUAAAGUGCCCGUCAGUUGCAGGGGCGGUCAUCAUGCAUUUGGGGUUGCUGGCUCAGAGGGUACUGGGGGCGGGGGCGGGGGCGGGGUAUGUGGGUCUUCAGCAGGCAGCGAUUGCGGCUACGGACCCUACCGGCUGUAGAGUGUGCAGAGCAUGGUGGGUUUGCCGGCAUGCAAGGGGCGAAAGCUCCUCAGGCGGCAUCAGGGGAUAUGGAGUUGUGGGGUUGUGUCAGAGUGGAUAUGAGUAGAGAGGUCUGUGGAGGGGUAAGUUGGUGCGGCUAGCUAGGGUGCUGUGGACUGUUUGUUUUGGCAGGUGAGGUACAGGUACUGCCUGUUUCACAUUGUUCUGUUGCCGUUUUCCGUUUUCCGUUGGUAAAGUUGUUUGAAGGAGCGGCGGCGCUGCGCUGCCGGUAGGGGCGGCGGCCUUGGUGGUGAUGGUUUGGUGGAUUCUGGGGGGUGGAUGUUUCAUUCUAUGUGUGCGGACAAGAGGUAGCCAUACGUUACCUGUGAGCAGCACUGCAGCUGUCCACCUGACGGGCGGCAGGCGGGUGUGUGCGCAACCCAGGCCACCUGUGUGCCCACUUGACGACCUGCAGAGCUGACACAUCUGACCCCGGGGUGUAGUAGAAAGACGGGUCUGUCAUGACAGCAUGUAGUCAGUAAUGGGCCUGAAUGGCCUAAAUCCUUUUAUGUGUGGCGCUUGCUGGCUGGCUGGCCUGCUAUGCAGCGUAGUUGAGUGUUUGUGGGGGGGCAGCAAUUCGGGGAAGGGGGCCAGGCAUUUUGUUUUGAGCCAAAUACUAAUCACAUCUGCUGUACUUCAGCGUUAGCUACCGGAUAGCCCGUUCCUUGCGUGGUUUUACAUGCGUGUGUGUGCAGCAUAGGCACAGGCCGCCGACCGUCCUGCAAGGGGGAUGUGAGCCGCCCGGGGGGGGGUCGUUAGCGGCGCGGCAGUUUGUUGGUGUUGGUCGUUGGGUGGUUGUGGUGGUUGGCGCUCGUUCAGUAGCGCUUGUUGGUUGAAGGCUGUUGGGAGGUGGGUGAUGUUUUAGUAUAUACGUUUUUGCAGCGGCACGAGAAAGGAGCAACUUAGGUGACACAGAGAUGGAGGGCAGACAACUCAUGUCGGCUGCUGCUGUGGGGUUGUACGGCAGGGCAGGACAUUGCAGGUACCAAUUGACACCCCCGCAGACGAUACGCAGCCCCCGGCACGUGUUCGUUAUUGUCAUGCAAUUGUGCUGAUGGUCGUCAGAUGUCGCGCAACAUAUCGGUUCGGAUCAGCAUUUUUAUCGUUCAGCCAGCGUCAGGAUCAGCGUUUUAUCGUUUUGGCUCAGCUGUUGCCGCUGUUACAGCGUACAUAGGGACUUUACUCCUAUGCUGGUGGCAUUUGCAGUUGCAACCCUGGUUGGACGUUUUGUAAUUGCGGGCCCUUGUCGUCCUCACUGCUGUGCAUUUGGCCUUGCAAAGAUCAAUCGUGGAAUAUCGUUUGGUGCCUCAACGCUAACAGUGAACGCGCGCAUCACGGAGCAAUGUGUCACGGGUGUUAUUCGUGUAAAAGAUAAUCUUUUCAAGGCGCCAAAGGAUCGUUGCUAGAAGGGGGCGGAUGGGGUUUACUGAAGCAUCAAGUGUAGUAGACCGGAAGAGGUAGGCAUUGAUAGUCUGCGCGCUGGCUCCAGCUCCUCCGCGCAUUGUUGCUGGCACCAGUGUUGGUGAUGUGUUGUUUAGCGCUGGAAGGUCUCACCGCUGCAACGGACAGCAGUCCCCGGUCCUGUUCCUGCCAACACGUCGGGGCGGUGUGCGUCGGGGUGCGCUGGCAGCUGGUGGGGGUGUGGGAGCUGCGGACCAGCAUGCAGUAAGGGAGGCCCUGAUGAGGCAGAUAGGCCCGACGGGGGGAGCGGGAGGUGCGGGCUGUGUCCAUGCAAUCGCAGCCCCCAAGCGGGGAUACCGUACUGGGCUGAAGAUGCCGGUGGGUGGCAUCAUGCGGCACUGCUCAAGUGUGUAAAAUGUGCAUUGUGGCGAGUCGUUACGUGUGUGUACGGCAAGAGGUCAGGAGCCAUGUCGUUCGGAGGGGUGAAGGAAUGUGAGAAUGUCGGAGGGCGUGUUUGAGGCCAGAUGUCAAAAGCAGGGGAUGGUUGUCUUACGUGGUAUCGUACCAAGAUGUCAAGUGACUCCUCAAAGCUCCACCUCUGGUCAACUAGCUCGUUUCCUCCGCGCUUCGGUUCCUGGCACGCGUGUCUUCAGUUAGCAAUCUUAGCAUGCGCGUGUCCUGUGUGUGUUUGUGUGUAGUUGAGCGGAAACAAGUGCAAGUGUGUGUGUGUGUUACAUGGCCAAAAAUUUAUGCUGCUAAAUUGUUUGAGAGUGGUGGGCAGCAGCAGUGGGUGUUACGAGCUCACGACGGUUGUCCCAGUGGGUGGGUGGGUGCGUUCGUUCUGCCUUCGCCUCACAGAGCAGUUUCACUUUCCUUCAACGCAACACGAAGAAAGUAAUGCAAUCGUACCAGCUUUUGAUGCGGUAGCCAUGUUGGGGGGUUGUUCUGUGCAUGCAUAUGUAUGUGGCUGGAAGGAAAGGCGCAUGCAUUGGAUGGAGGAAGAAACCUGGAGUGGCGGCUGCCUGGCUGUAUAGGAGAGGAGGUGGAGGAAGGGGCUCAGGAGGGAAGAGCACGUGACGCCAGACAGGAGAGACGCGAGUGGGUGUGUGCAUGUGUUGACAUCAGCUGAGCCUCGAGCCCUACGAGCACAUGGUACCGGUUAGCAACUAAACCGCACUGCAAGCAUUGGCUAUAAAGUGUGUAAGCAUUGAAACUGCA